AUUUUUAUUAAUAAUUAAUUAAUUAAUCCAUCUUUUCAUGCAUAUUCUUGCUAUGGAUACGCCUUUUAUUCUCCCUACAUAAACAUGCCUGCUUACCAGAAUUUAAACAUCGAAUACUUGCUUAAUUCCCUCUCUCUUAUUGAUUAUUUUGCCUUUUUGGUGUGUUUCAUCUCCACAAAUGACUUCUAAAGGGUUCAUUUUCAUGCUAGCUUUUGUGCUUUUGGUUACAAGAAUGGUCUCGUCCGCAGGAGACGUCAAAAAUAUUGAAACCGAGAACAACGAUCAUGGCCACCACCAUCACCACCACGAGCAUGCCAAAGCACCAGCGCCUGCCCCCGUCUACACUCCACUACAUGCACCAGCUAAGGCCCCCAUCCACCACCGACACCAUGAGCAUGCCAUAGCACCGGCUCACGCCCCUUCCCACCACCACCACAGGCAUGCCAUAACACCUGCUCAUGCCCCCCUCCCCCACCACGAGCAUGUCCCUGUCCACGCACCAGCUAAAUCCCCUGCUCACUCACACAAGGCACCUGCCUCUGCACCAAUUCCUCCACCCCAUGGUUGUGUGGCACAAUGUGCAUCAUACUGCAAGCCGAUUAGCCCGAAAAGGCCCUGCAUGAGGAAAUGUACCAUGUGCUGUGCCAAGUGCAAAUGUGUGCCUGGUUCCACAAAGUGCCACAACUGGAACAGUGUCGAAAUCCAUGGCCAUCUCGUCAAGUGCCCUUGAAACCCGACACUCUUUUAUUGAUCUUUUCCUACUUCGUUGUCAUCUUCCUUGUCUUAUCUCUUAUUUGCCCGUGUCAGUUCAUCAGUGUACCAACCACAAAAAUUAACCUUGUUUUUUUUUGUUAUGAGCUAAGUUUUCUAUAUUGUUAUAUGGCA